GUUCUUGCUGGUAAUCAUGUGCCAGAUAUUCGCCUGUCACGAUCCACAAAUCUAGUCAUCGGUCAGUGGUGUCCUGUUUUUCUGACAAUAUCAAACUUCUCAUCAGCUCACACACAACUCGUUAUAACUCCGCGCAGUGAACAAGACGAUCGUUAUGUUAAAGUUUUUUGUAUCGGAGAUUUCAACUAA